GUGAACCCAGAAGAUCAACCCGGUUGAAUGAAAGAGCGGCUGUAAGAGACCGAGCUAGAGGUCGAGGGCGAGGAAGUGCUCGCGGUCGAGGCAGGGGAAACCAGCAUGUCCCUGCCGAGGCGGUGAUCCAGGAGAAUCAAAAUGCCCCUGUAAAUGGACAACAACCAGGUCAAGGUGGGGGCAACCACGAAGUCCCUGCUGGGGUAGUUGGUCAAGAACACCAAAACGCCCCUGUAGUGGUGCCACCACAACAAGAAGAUUUGGCGCAAGAAGUUGCUCGUCUCAGGGAAGAAAUUAGGAAGCGAGAUGAAGAGGCUCACAACCGUCAGGAACAAUCCAAUCAAGGACAACAUCAAUUUUUGCCGGUGCAAUACAUGCCUGUGCCGGAGGGUCGAUGGGAACCAAUAUAUGAAAGGUUCCGCAAGCAACACCCACCAAAUUUUGAAGGGGGCUCAGAUCCAAUGGAAGCUGAGGAAUGGUUAAGAACAGUGGAAGGUAUUGUUGAGUACAUGCGGCUCGGUAACGGAGAUAGUGUAGCUUGUGCUGCUAGUUUAUUGAAAAAGGAUGCCCGCAUCUGGUGGGAUGUUAUUAAACAAACACGGGAUGUGGCCGCAAUGACCUGGGCUGACUUUGUACAAGUUUUUAACAAAAAAUACUACAGUGAAGCAAUACGCUCAGCUAGAGUUAAUGAGUUCACGAACCUGAGGCAGGGUAAGUCUACAGUUACAGAGUAUGCUCGCCAAUUUGACAGAUUAGCAAAGUUUGCCACAGAUCUGGUUCCUACUGAGUUUUUGAGGAUUCAUCGUUUUACUGAAGGGCUCGACUCCCGAAUAAGUCGGGACAUAGCGAUGUCAGGAGUAAGGGCAACCACGUAUGCUGAGGUACUGGAAAAAGCCCUAGAAGCUGAGUUGUGUGAAAGUCGUAUACAGAAAGACAAUACAGCAAGGUGGGAGGCCAGAAAGGCCAGUAAUGGAGGUGGUGAUAACAAAAGAAAACUGCCAAGUAACCAACACAACGAAGCCGACAAGAGAAACAAGAUAGGGUCCAAUAACUACAAAGGGAAGAAGCCAUAUGUGGAGUACCCCCUAUGCCCAACAUGUGGUCGUAAGCAUCCGGGAGAAUGUCGACUAAAAGGCAAGACUUGUUACAAGUGUGGGCAACCAGGCCACUAUAAGAAGGACUGUCCACAAAAAGGUGAUCAACUCAAGGAUGACAAACUUGUCCCAGCUCGAGUAUUUGCACUAACCAGAGGGGAGGCUGAGACUAGUAACACUGUGGUUGCAGAUAAGUAAGCCUGUAAGCUUUCGGUGACAAGUUGAGUCUGGGCAGCAUGGGGUGUAUCUCGUGUGAUCAUGUAACUGCGUGUGGUCUUGGCCAUCUUCCGCUGAAAGUUUUUUUUUAAUUUAUUAAACUUAUCGAGGAUGUUGUCGUUUAAAUUUUCUAUUACUUUUCCCUAAGUGGUAAUACUUUAUUUUCAACUGGGUACCCA